CACAAACCUAAUUCCACACCUAAGUGAUAAGCAACUAAUAAACUGUAGACGUUGGGAGUCCAGGUAUAGAAUGAAGGGUGUUGUAGCUUUGCUGGUGUUGCUGUGCAGCACCCUAACUGCGGCUAUGGUGACAACCCCAGAAAACGAAGACAAAAACUGCCCGUCUGGCAUGUGUGACAUGCUGAGGAAGAUUGAAGUCAUGGAAAACCGGCUUGCAGCUGCUGAGCGCCUGGUUGAGACACUGAACGCUAAAGCAGAAACGAAGGUGGCAUUCUCAGCUGGAUUUGGGGGUACUGGAUACUAUGGACCUUUCAAUGUUGAAAAAACGCUCGUCUACGAAAAGGUCUUAACCAACCUUGGCAACGCUUACAACCCGGCAACAGGCAUCUUCACAGCACCAGUGGCAGGAGUCUAUCAGUUUAGCGUCUAUCACCAUUCAGGACCAGGUCGCCGAUCAGACUCCUUGCUGUUCAAGAACAAAGAACAAAUCGCAUUUAUUUCUGCUAUGAACAAGGACGGCUCCUACAACGGAUCUAAUGGUAUCAUACUGCAGCUGGAGGAGGGAGAUGUGGUAUAUGUUGUUUUGAAGGAUAAUUCAUGGAUCUGGGACCAUAUGAGCAAUGUUGGUGCCAUUGGAUGGUGCCACUUCAACGGCAUUUUGCUGUUUGCUCAAUAAACCUCAGUGGAAUAUGUACAUACUGUUGCGGAAUAUUUUACCCCAAUCAAUUCCAUUAAAUGGUUUUCUGCAUAAAUUAAAUUUUGCUUCUAACAUA